UUGAACUCAGGGCCUCAUACUUGCUAGGCAUGUGCUCUAGCACUUGAGCCACUUUGCCAGCCCAGUCAUGUUUUUCUGUCCCUCUCCCUUGUCAUCAUGUGCAUGCAGUCUAAUGGACUCUCAGUGCUACAGUGACUUGGGAAGACAAUCAGUCCUCAGGGUGGAAGGCUUUGCCCUUCUGGGCUACCUUGCUGGAAGCAUGGGCAUUUCCAGGGAGGGAAAUGAUGCUUCUUUGAAGUAGGAUUUUAACUCAGACAUCCCUUUGUUGAUUACAAGACAGACUCAUUGUGUUGAUUGUUGUGGAAUAUUCCAGAGUGAGUGUUCUUGGGUGCAUACAGAACAAUCACUAGAAGGCAGGCUCUGCUGGGCAGUUUUAGGAAUGUGUCGACCCAGGCAGAAGACCUGUGUGGGCAGUGGCCUUCACCUGCCACCCUUCAGUGGCACUUUGCUUCCUUCCUUCCUUGUCUGUACAGCCAAAAGAGGAACAUGGAUUCCUAGCAGGCUCAGCCAGGGGCGCCCCAUGCAGAUUUGUGUGUACAUACCACGUGAUCAGGGGAAAGGCAGCAACAGGCUGUGUAUGAAGAAUGAAAGUGUUUCCAUGCCGAUAGUGCAAAGGCUGCCCGCCCUCCGAUUGUGCCUUCUGUGAGAAGAGGGAACUUGAAAUGGCCCCCAGGACGAAUACCUUUCCCUCGUGGCCCGGCUCAUUAUCCAUUUCCGGGACGUCCAUAACAAGAAGUCUCAAGCUUCUGUCAGUGACCCCAUGAAUGCACUACAGAGCCUGACUGGCGGACCCUCUGCAGGAGCAGCUGGGAUUGGCAUGCCUCCUCGGGGCCCAGGACAGACCCUGGGUGCAAUGGGUGGCCUUGGUGCCAUGGGGCAGCCAAUGCCACUCUCAGGGCAGCCACCGCCUGGGACCUCGGGGAUGACUCCUCACGGCAUGGCUGUGGUAUCUACAGCAACUCCGCAGACCCAGCUGCAGCUCCAGCAGGUGGCGCUGCAGCAACAGCAGCAGCAGCAGCAGCAGCAGUUCCAACAGCAGCAGGCGGCGCUGCAGCAACAGCAGCAGCAGCAGCAGCAGCAGUUCCAGGCACAGCAGAGUGCUAUGCAGCAACAGUUCCAAGCAGUGGUGCAGCAGCAGCAGCAGCAGCUUCAGCAGCAACAGCAGCAGCAGCAACAUCUGAUUAAGUUGCAUCAUCAAAACCAGCAACAGAUACAACAGCAGCAGCAGCAGCUGCAGAGGAUGGCACAGCUACAGCUGCAGCAACAACAGCAGCAGCAGCAGGCUCUUCAGGCUCAGCCACCGAUACAGCAGCCACCAAUGCAGCAGCCACAGCCUCCUCCCUCCCAGGCCCUGCCCCAGCAGCUGCCACAGAUGCAUCACCCGCAGCACCACCAGCCGCCGCCACAGGCUCAGCAACCCCCAGUUGCUCAGAACCAACCACCACAACUCCCGCCGCAGUCACAGAACCAGCCUUUGGUGUCACAAGCUCAAGCCCUCCCUGGACAGAUGUUGUAUGCUGCCCAGCAGCAACUGAAAUUUGUACGAGCUCCGAUGGUGGUCCAGCAGCCGCAGGUGCAGCCACAGGUGCAGCAGGUGCAGCCCCAGGUGCAGCAACAGGCAGCAGUGCAGACAGCUCAGGCUGCCCAGAUGGUGGCUCCUGGAGUCCAGAUGAUUGCUGAAGCCUUGGCCCAAGGCGGGACGCACGUAAGAGCCCGGUUCCCACCCACCUCCACCAUGUCUGCCAUCCCGUCGAGCUCCAUCUCUUUGGGCGGACAGCCCACAGCACAGGUCAGCCAGAGCAGCCUCACCAUGCUGUCCUCGCCGUCACCGGGCCAGCAGGUACAGACCCCACAGUCGAUGCCCCCUCCCCCUCAGCCGUCCCCACAGCCUGGCUCGCAGCCCAACUCCAACGUCAGCUCCGGUCCUGCCCCGUCCCCCAGCAGCUUCCUGCCCAGCCCCUCCCCGCAGCCCUCCCAGAGCCCAGUGACAGCCCGCACUCCACAAAACUUCAGCGUUCCCUCCCCUGGACCUUUAAACACCCCUGUGAACCCCAGCUCCGUCAUGAGCCCAGCAGGCUCCAGCCAGGCCGAAGAGCAGCAGUACCUGGACAAGCUGAAGCAGCUUUCUAAGUACAUUGAGCCCCUGCGUCGCAUGAUCAACAAGAUCGACAAGAAUGAAGACAGAAAAAAGGACCUGAGUAAGAUGAAGAGCCUUCUGGACAUUCUGACUGACCCUUCUAAGCGGUGUCCCCUGAAGACCCUGCAGAAGUGUGAGAUUGCCCUGGAAAAACUCAAGAAUGAUAUGGCGGUGCCUACCCCCCCACCACCCCCAGUGCUGCCAACUAAGCAGCAGGAUCUGUGUCAGCCACUCCUGGAUGCCGUCCUUGCCAACAUUCGCUCUCCCGUCUUCAACCAUUCCCUGUACCGCACGUUCGUGCCAGCCAUGACAGCCAUCCACGGCCCACCCAUCAUAGCCCCAGUGAUGUGUACCCGGAAGCGCAAGCUUGAGGAGGAUGAACGGCAGAGCAUCCCCAAUGUGCUCCAGGGGGAGGUGGCCAGGUUAGACCCCAAGUUCCUGGUGAGCUUGGACCCUUCUCACUGCAGUAACAAUGGCACCGUCCACCUGAUCUGCAAGCUGGACGACAAGGAUCUUCCAAGUGUGCCGCCUCUGGAGCUCAGCGUGCCUGCCGACUACCCUGCCCAGAGCCCACUGUGGAUCGACCGGCAGUGGCAGUAUGAUGCCAACCCCUUCCUUCAGUCGGUGCACCGUGGCAUGACUUCCAGACUGCUGCAGCUCCCUGACAAGCACUCGGUCACAGCCCUGCUGAACACCUGGGCACAGAGCAUCCACCAGGCCUGCCUGUCAGCCGCCUAGCUGGGAACUGUGAGGACCACCAGCAGCCUUGUGGGGCUGUGGACCCCGCCUCGCAUUGGACGUUUCUAGGUGUUGGCUUCCUUAGAGAGCCUGGGGUUAAGUUAGCUUUCCUGCUUUUAUCUUCUGCCUUGGGGACCUACCAGACAUUUCCCCAUACUUGUGCAGUAUGGGCCAGGUGGCUGUGGACCUGCCUGUACAGGAGAGAAGGUUCUCUCUGAAACUUCCUCCACUUUGCUCUGGCUGUGCUCCUUGCAGCUCUCUAGGCCCCAUGUCCACUCAGCAGCAUGAGGGAGAACUCAGGGUCUUGUCCGAGCAUCCUGUGUGUCAGAAUAAAUUGUACUAGUUUCCUAGGAGAACAUGGAGGACAUAGGAAACCCUUAUAACAUGCAACUCUCUGGCCAGUGUUGGGUUCAGGCUGUUCACUUGUGACAUGUGGGAUACAUCGUAGGGAUGCUCCUUGAUCCAGGGCACAGCUCCAGUUUGGAAGGAAGGACCUCCUACUCAGCAUUGUGGGGGAGUGGGAACAUUUGGGGACCUGUUCCUGGCACCUACAGUGGGUGCUGCUUCUCUGCUGUGAGGGUGAGGAGUGACUGGCCAGGCACUGAUGUUGAGACCAGGCAUCCUCUGAACAGCCUGUUUUGUGCCACCCUCGGAGAGUGUGCUUCUUUCAGGAUGGCCUCCGUGGGUCACUUGCCACACAGGGCAACAGCCAGCAGCCCUCUGGUGAAGAGAAGUUCCCCUUUUUAUAUGUGCACUACUCUGUCAUAUGUGGUUCUUAUAAUAAAUUUAUUAAUCCUGUGUGUGUCAGUCGUUUAUCACUGCAUCCCCUUCUCCACGACUCCCAGAGCCCAUUAUCCAACUGUCAGGGACACUGUCGAUCUUAAAGGUGUCAGUGUCCAGUCUGGCCCAGAAUGCCUGAACUUACCUCCUCUCUGUCCUUUUCCCCAGUCUGGUUCAUGGUAGGAAAUGCAGGUGGGGUAGGCACAAGUUGACCAC